AUAAAUGGACCCAACUUGAUCAGACUCCCAUGCUAUGUUUGCCUCCUCCAAUGAUGAGUGGCUAUAAAUAAAGAUGAUAUGAAUCAUUAAUCAUAGACUUGAUAACAUGUUAAAAAUGGGCUGUUUAGGUUUGCCAAUGAGGAUUCUCAUGUUGGUCUGUUUCAUUCAUUUAUUUUUCAUCAGUGUUUGUUCACAGGAUGAUAGUACUACUACAGGCACUGUUUCUGUAGAUGGUAGAAAUGCCAUUGCAGUUGUAGAUGAUGAUUAUGUUUGUGCCACUUUGGAUUGGUGGCCACCUGAAAAAUGUGAUUAUGGGACUUGUAGUUGGGGAAAGACUUCUCUACUUACAUUGGAUCUUAGCAAUGAGAUUUUCUUAAAAGCCAUCAAAGCUUUUUCACCAUUAAAGAUUAGAUUAGGUGGGAGCUUGCAGGAUAAACUCAUAUACGAAACCGAGGAUCAUGCUCAACCUUGCACACCUUUUGUUAAUAAAUCUUCAGAGAUUUUUGGUUUUGCUCAGGGCUGCCUACCAUUGCACAGAUGGGAUGAACUCAAUCUUUUCUUCCAAAAAUCUGGCGCCAAGAUCAUUUUUGGAUUAAACGCCCUCAAUGGAAGAUCUAUACGUUCUGGUUCUGCUGUUGGAAAAUGGGAUUCCACAAAUGCAGAAUCUUUCAUACAGUAUACUGUCAAAAAGAACUACAGGAUUCAAGGUUGGGAGUUUGGAAACGAGUUAAGUGGCACUGGAAUUGGUGUAAGAGUUGCAGCAGAUCAAUACUCUUUGGACACAAUCUCUCUGAUUAAUCUGGUCCAAGAUAUAUACAAGGGUGAAGAAUUUCAGCCACAAAUUAUAGCACCCGGAGGAUUCUUUGAUGCAAAUUGGUUCAAAGAAUUCGUAAGCAAAACACCUAAGCUGAAUGCUGUUACUCAUCAUAUCUAUAAUCUUGGCGCAGGAGUUGAUCAACACCUUGUUGAACGGAUUCUUGAUCCAUCUUAUCUUGAUGGCAUAGCUGAUACCUUUAAACAACUCCAGAGCAUAGUGAAGAGUUCACAGGCAUCAGCAUGGGUUGGUGAGUCUGGAGGGGCAUACAAUAGUGGUCACGAUCUCGUGUCCAAUGCAUUUGUGUAUAGUUUUUGGUAUUUGGAUCAGCUUGGUAUGGCUGCAACUUACGAUACAAAGACGUACUGCAGACAAACACUGAUAGGCGGAAACUAUGGUCUACUCAACACACAAAGCUUUGUCCCUAAUCCUGAUUUCUACAGUGCUCUUCUUUGGCACCGGUUGAUGGGAAGAAAAGUUCUAUCUACUAGCUUUUCUGGAACAAAGAAACUCCGUGCUUACACUCACUGUGCAAAACAAUCUAAUGGUAUCACAAUGCUAUUGAUCAAUCUUGAUAACAGCACAACAGUUCAGAUAACACCGACCUUCAGCAAGACCUCAUCGCAGAAAAGUAAACAAGGGUUCCAAUAUCAAAGAUCAAAGUUGCUUAUGCAGCUAACUGGAGAUGAAAUUGACAGAAGGAAAACAAGAAAAGAGUACCAUCUGACAGCGAAAGACGGGGAUUUACAUAGUCAGACAAUGCUUCUUAAUGGACGGCCUUUAACUUUAACUUCAUCUGGAGACAUACCACCAUUAGUUCCAGUUGAUGUAAAAGUAUCAGAGCCUAUUAGUGUUGCUCCUUAUUCUAUCGUAUUCGUUCACCUACCAAAUGUACUUCUCCCCGCUUGCAAGUGAGUGGGGGAAUAAUUGUUUCCACACUUUCAUGACACCACAACCACAGCUUGGUGCUUAAGCUAUACUACAUAUGUACACUGGAAAUAAAGGAAUGCAUGCCCAAAAUUGCAAGGCAUGCAACACAUUGUAGAAAACUUGCUUACAUUGCGUUUAUUAUCUCUUUAAAAAUUCUAUUUACAUUA